UCAUCUGGGAGUCUAGAGAGGCGGGUCGGAGGGCGAGAUCCGGAUCCGGAGCGGCUGAAAGGCGGAAGUGGAGGCCGGAGCCUGGGACACCGCCGGGGGUAGAAGAGCGGAGCCUGUCCGAGCCCCGAAGUAACGCCGCCGCCCCGGAGCCGCCUUGGAGGGCCCCUCCUCACUAAGUGCCUCUUCGCGUCGCACCGGUCCCCGCCCCCACGCUCACUGGUACCCCGACAGCGACACGGGCCAUGGCGGGUCGGGGAGGCGCAGCACGCCCCAAUGGACCAGCCGCUGGGAACAAGAUCUGCCAGUUCAAGCUGGUCCUGCUUGGGGAGUCGGCGGUGGGCAAAUCCAGCCUCGUCCUCCGCUUCGUCAAGGGGCAGUUCCACGAGUACCAGGAGAGCACGAUCGGAGCGGCCUUCCUGACACAGACCGUCUGCUUGGACGACACAACAGUCAAGUUUGAGAUCUGGGACACGGCGGGGCAGGAGCGGUAUCACAGCCUGGCUCCCAUGUACUACCGGGGGGCCCAGGCCGCCAUCGUGGUCUACGACAUCACCAACACAGACACAUUUGCACGGGCCAAGAACUGGGUGAAGGAGUUACAGAGGCAGGCGAGCCCCAACAUUGUCAUCGCGCUCGCGGGGAACAAGGCCGACCUGGCCAGCAAGCGAGCCGUGGAAUUCCAGGAAGCGCAAGCCUAUGCAGAUGACAACAGUUUGCUGUUCAUGGAGACCUCAGCAAAGACUGCCAUGAAUGUGAAUGAGAUUUUCAUGGCGAUAGCCAAGAAGCUCCCCAAGAACGAGCCCCAGAACACUGCAGGUGCUCCAGGCCGGAACCGCGGCGUGGACCUCCAGGAGAGUAACCCAGCCAGCCGGAGCCAGUGCUGCAGCAACUGAGCCCCCUCGCCUGCCCGAAGCCCCCUCCUCCUCGGCCUGAACAACCCGACUGGAAUCUACUCUAACCAAUCGCACUUAAUGACUCGGGCCGCCACUGGGGGCAGGGGAGGGCUCCACCAUUGAUUUCUCCAUAGAAUCUUGCUCAUAGGCCGGAGUGAGUUAUCCACCUGCACCUUUCUGUACAAAUACUAAUUCAAUUUUAAGUCUUAAGUCACUUUUUUAAUAUAUAUGAUCUUCUGCUCUUCCCACCUCCUGCCCUUUUACUGCUCUCCCACUUUUCCUCUGCUGGUUGUAGUAGCCAGGGGCUCCCAAGCCCCCCACCCUUAUAAAGUGGGGGUGGGGGGCUCAGAGCAGUCACCUCUCCUUUCCCUGUUGCUGGCGCGCAGACUCAACAGGAGCGCCCCUAACUUCCCUGUGUCGGGAGCGGGCUGGGUUCUGAGCCAGGGUGCGGGGAGGGGGCAGGCCGCAGGGGCCAGGGAGGAGGCGGCGCUGUUCGAGGCCGGCUGUGUCCCCCCACACCCCAGCCAGGAGGGGCCACCGCAUCACCACAGCAUUACCAGGACCGACCGCCACCCCCACCCCUCGUCCUUGGUCACCCUGAC